AUGGAGACCGAGUCUGUUGACAUGAUAAUGGCAACUUCUUGGCAAUCCGAGGAGACUCUAAAGGGUCGUCAGAACGUGGCAACGUUGGGCAAGGAGAGGCCAUGGAGCGGCUCUGUUGCAAACGCUAGGGAGAUGGCCACUUACACCGGCCCCGUUGGCGCUCUCGACGGUCUACUUAUGGACGUUCCGUCAGGUGCGACGUACGAAAGCAUGGCCGAACACCACAAAGGUCUCGACGUUGUACGAGAAGUCGCUAGUGAGGGUGCUCGGCCAUGGAAAAUGUACUCCGGCCAUGGGGGCGGGCUUGCACGUCAGUGUCGGUGCCAUUGGUGCUGA